AUGGCGGUCGUCGAUUUCCUCCUCACUCCCUGGACAAUUCCAGUCGCGCUGCUGCUAUUCUAUCUCGUCCCCUAUCUUACUUCGAACGCUGCGCUCAGGAGCAUCCCAGGGCCACUUGCGGCGAGAUUCUCGCGCUUAUGGCUUCUUCUACAAGCUCGACAGGGAAGGCGAUUCCUGAGUGUCGACGAAGCUCACAAGAAAUAUGGCAAGCUGGUCCGGAUACAGCCAAACCAUGUCAGUGUGGCAGAUGACUCUGCGAUCAAUGCUAUAUAUGGGCAUGGCAAUGGAUUUUUGAAAUCAGAAUUCUAUGACCCCUUCGUUUCCAUCCGGCGAGGUCUCUUCAAUACCAGAGACAGGGCGGAACACACCCGCAAACGAAAGACUGUCUCCCAUACCUUCUCUACCAAGAGCAUCGCCCAAUUCGAAACCUAUAUGCACGAUAACCUCCACCUAUUCGUGAAGCGAUGGGACGAAUUGUCUACGAAUGCCCAUGGCGGUUUUGCGAAGAUCGACUGCCUUCAUUGGUUCAAUUACCUCGCAUUCGAUAUGAUUGGUGACCUUGCAUUCGGGGCCCCCUUUGGUAUGCUGGAGAAGGGCAAGGAUAUUACGGAGAUACAGUUGACGCCUGGUGGUCCCAUCAGCUACGCACCAGCGGUGGAAGUUCUAAACAGACGUGGCGAGGUCUCAGGAACGCUCGGUUGCCUUCCUCAACUCAAACCGUUUGCUAAAUAUUUCCCCGAUCCCUUCUUCACUCAAGGCCUGGAAGCUAUACAAAAUCUUGCUGGCAUGGCUGUUGCCAGAGUGGCCCAACGCCUUGACGGCAAGCAGGAUGUGGACCGAGUCGACCUGCUUGCAAGGUUGAUGGAAGCAAAAGAUGAAAGUGGUAACCCUAUGGGCCGCGAAGAGCUCACAGCCGAAGCACUCACGCAACUUAUCGCCGGUUCGGACACCACCUCCAAUACUUCCUGUGCAAUUCUCUACUGGAUCUUGAAGACACCAGGCGUUCUUCAAAAGUUACAAAAAGAGCUGGAUGAAGCAAUCCCCGAUGGGACCGACGUGCCAAAUUUCGAGACAGUUAAGGAUCUAAAAUACAUGCGUAAUGUUAUUCAAGAGACAAUGCGCAUCCACUCCACCUCGUCUUUAGGCCUUCCACGCGUGGCGCCCCCAGGACCAGGUGUUGACAUCCUUGGGCACCAUUUCCCACCCCACACGGUUCUAUCAGUUCCGGCUUAUACGAUCCACCACUCCAAGGAGAUUUGGGGCGACGAUGCUGAUGAAUUUGUGCCUGAGCGCUGGGACAAUCUAACAGAGAGACAAAAGGGCGCGUUCAUUCCCUUCUCACACGGUCCUAGAAGUUGUGUUGGCCGCAACGUUGCGGAAAUGGAGCUGGCUCUCAUUGUAUCGACAACAUUCAGGAGAUAUGAUUUCGAUCUGUAUCAAGAUGUUUUGGAGACCCGGGAGGGCUUUUUAAGGAAACCAUUGGAAUGCAUGGUGGGCAUUAAGAAAAGAGUGUAA